AUGGAGGAGCUGAGCAGCGUGGGAGAGCAGGUCUUCGCCGCCGAGUGCAUCCUCAGCAAGCGGCUCCGCAAGGGCAAGCUGGAGUACCUGGUCAAGUGGCGAGGCUGGUCCUCCAAGCACAACAGCUGGGAGCCCGAGGAGAACAUCCUUGAUCCAAGACUCCUCCUCGCUUUCCAAAAGAAGGAACACGAAAAAGAAGUGCAGAAUCGGAAGAGGGGGAAGCGGCCCAGGGGCAGGCCCAGGAAACAUGUGGAACCAGAGAUGCCUGCAAAAACUAAGUCAAGUAGCUCCUCUUCCUCCACAUCCUCCUCUUCCUCCUCCUCUGAUGAAGAGGAUGAAAGUGACCUGGAAGCAAAGAGAGGUCCCCGCAGCAGAGAGACUCACCCGGUACCGCAGAAGAAAGCUCAGAUCCUGGUGGCGAAGCCCGAAAUGAAAGACGCUUCCAGGAAGAAGCGUGGGCGGAAACCUCUUCCCCCGGAGCAGAAAGCGGCUCGAAGGACCGUGAACCUGACAAAGGUGCUGAAAUCGUCCCGGAAGGAGGUGGGCGGCAGUGCCAAGCUGAUGGGGAAGCUGCAGCCCCAGCACAGCACGCAGGGCUCGGGUAUGGCCGUGCUGAAGGACCCGCCGGGUGCCUUGGCUGGGCUCAGCUCGGGGGGUUCGUCCGCAGAAAACCUGCCCAACAUGAUGAAGAGCGGCUCCGCGAGCCCAAACCGGGCCAUCAGCUGGCAGAGCUCCAUCGUGCACUACAUGAACAGGAUGUCCCAAAGCCAGAACUCGGCAGAGACCUCGCCCCUGGGCAGGCUGGCGCUGAAGUCCCAGGCAUCCAGUAAGAGCGGCUUAGGGCUGGACUUAAAAAUGAGGAACCAGAAAGGAUCUGGGGAGCUUGGGCUGAGCGCGCAGGGACCCAAGACUGCCAAGGCUCCUAGCAGCGGCGCUGGAGGGGACCAGAAAUCGGGGUUUGCUGCGGGAGGCCAAACAAUGCACAACGGCAGCAAGACGCCGGCCGGCUCGUCCGGGGCCAGCAGCCAGCCAGCCUCCAGUCAGGAGCUGAACCUCCAAGCUCUAAACCUGCAGAGCGUCAAAAACGGGCCAAGCGCGGCCGGCGGGAGCAGCCUCCCUCGCCACCUUUGCAGCGCCCUGUCUAAAGGCUCUGCCGGCAGCGCGGCGGUGAGCGCGGGUGCUGCCGGCACAAAGGGCGGUGCGGCAGGUGCCGGGUUGAAUGCUGCUAGUGCCGGCGUGGUCUCAGGGGGGGACGGCGGCAAGAGCGAGAAGCAGGUGCACCGAGCAGGCGACAGGGACUUGGCCAAAAGCGGCACAGCCGGCACGCAGGAGGGGCACGCGGCCGCGGAGAACCGCAAGCCAGGCUCCCCUUCCGAAAUGAGCACAGGCGAAGAGACCAGCUCGGAUUCAGACCGGGAUUCGGCUUCCUUCCCGGGCGUGGGUCAGAACAUGUCUGUCUCUAUCCAGACGAGCCAGGACUGGAAACCCACCCGCAGCCUGAUCGAGCACGUCUUUGUCACCGAUGUCACCGCUAACCUGAUCACAGUGACGGUCAAGGAGUCCCCCACCAGCGUUGGGUUUUUCAACCUACGGCAAUACUGA